UUGAAUAACUACAAACAACAUAAAAAUGACAGAAAUCGUUCACGUUAAAGAUUUAGAACAAUUCAAGACUCUUGUCGGUAGCUCAAAGCCAACUAUUGUUAAAGCUGAAGCUGAAUGGUGUGGUCCUUGCAAAAUGAUUGCUCCUAUCGUCAAGAAGCUCGCCGAUGCAACUCCUCAAGUUCAAUUCAUUUCAUUCGACGUUGAUGAGGCUUCUGACAUUGCGGAGGCAUUGAGUAUUAGAAGCAUGCCAACAUUCUUCUUGUACAAAUCAGGUGAAAAGAUUGAUCAAUUCUCAGGUGCUACACCACCACAAGUUCAAGCAUUCGUCAAGAAGGCAGCAGAAUUGGUUCAAUAAGGAUAUUGAAUUAAAGGAUUUAUAUAAAUGUUUAGCGAUUUAUUUUACUAUGCGUGAUUAAUCAGCCAUUUGAUGAUGUUACAC